CCUCCACAAUGCUGUCAUGGCGAUGGGGGUGGCGAUUCUGGCCGGCAUGCGCCGCGGCGGAGCAGGGAAACAGGUGACCGCAGUGCCCCCUUUCGCCCUUGGGACCGGUGACUUUUCACAGCCUGGCUUAGAUAUCACGUAUUCUAAUUCACCCAAGCAGGUUUUGUCCAUCCAGCUGCAGAAUAAGAAGCAGGGUCGAAUUGUCAUGCACGCCACCCGCCCUCUCUUUGAAGAGCAUAUUGAGGAGCUCCUGCUUUUCUUCGGCCUCGUCACGGAUAUCGAGGGCCCCGAGCCGAAGGCCUCGGCGCAGGGGCUUCUUUCGGCGCCAGUGCAGCGCCUCAGUGCACGCGAGUUGCUUCGCCAGCCCCCGUCGGGCGCUGGCACCUAGCGCGGUGCCCUCGCCGGCCCCGGAGCCGGGUGCGCCCGCGCACCGCUGCGCCAGUUGCGCUCCUGCACCUGCGAUAGCUUCCCAGCGGGCGCGGACUCGCCCCCCGCGGGGGCGGGUGCCUCUUUCCAGUUGUCCUGCGCUGUCCUCGCUUCGCACUUCUCAGCCCAGCCGCCGCCCACUGCGGCCGGCACCCAAAGCGGUGUGGCGGUCUGG